GUUCUCCAGAACAUGAUGGAUUGAUUGCAUUUUUGGCCCAUUUUUUAUUGAUCAUUGCUUAGAGUGUAGGGUUUUGUGAGUUUUGCGGGAUCAUGAUGAAUUGAUUCCAUUUUUGGUCAAUUUCUUGAUUGAUUAUUAUUGAGAAUGAAGGGUUUUAUGGGUUUUGCCAGAACAUGAUGGAUUGAUUAUAGUUGGUCCAUUUCUUGAUUGACUAUUGCUGAGAGCGAAGGGUUUAGUGGGUUGUGCUAGACACAUGGUCGAUUGAUUCCAUUUGGGUUCAUUUCUUGAUUGAUUGUUUCUAAGGUUGUAGAAUUUGGGGGCUAUGGAAGAAGAGAGGAUUGAGGAGAUCAGUGUCAGGUUGGUGGGCAGAACUGGUGGUGGGGAUGGAUCUGCCUCUGCCCAGUGGGUUGAUGGCAGUUAAGUGGACUCUGUGUCCCCUCCAUGGUCACUGCUUGAUGAAAAUGAGAGUAGAGAAUCUAGAGAUGGGUAUGGAUCUGUCAUGAGAAGGUUAGUCAAGAAGCUCAAGAGGGUUGAUUCAUUUGAUGUUGAAGCCAUGGAAAUUGCUGGUUUUCAAGAUCACCAUGCCAAGGUUGGAGUUGCAAAGAUGAAGAUUGCUAUUGAAAGAACUGGUGGCCUUGUUGUUCUAGCAGAAAGUUUCGAUCAUUUUGUUUUUAAAGACUCAUUCAAACGUGUUUUUGAAGAUGGGGAACAAUCUAUUGGCCUCUCCUUCAAGUGAGUUCAUCAUUGAUGAAACAUUUGAAAAUAUUAUUACUUAUCUAUUAUUUUCUUUUAAUUGUUUAUUUACAGUAUAGUUGUG